UAAAUAUUGGUGACCGGCUAUUCCUGAAGAUUACUAGUAGUUUCGAAGUUAGGUUUCUUGGUCUCCACACUCCUAUAUUUGUCUGUCUUACUGCUCUUCUGAAUCAAAAUUCAUCAAAGAGUCGGCCGACCUUGUUCAUCUUUAUCUUUAUCUUCAACUUCAACUUCAUCUUCAUCUUCCUCUACUGCUACUACCACUACUACAGUAGGGUUUUGUUAAACUGGACAAGCUGGCUAUCAUCGAUAACCACCAUCACCAUCAUCCCUAUCAGAAUUCCGGGGUCUUCAAGGCCAACCAUAAGAAAGUUAUGGUGACUCCAGUAGGGCGUAUGGAGGAUGAUGAAAUGUUCAUGGGUCCACCAUGGUUGAUUCCAAUGCUCAAAGCAAGCUACUUUGUUCCCUGUGCAAUCCACGGAGAUGCUAAUAAAAGUGAAUGCAAUCUCUUCUGUUUGGAUUGUAUGGGAAAUGCUUUCUGUUCUUACUGUUUGAUUAACCACAAAGAUCACCAUGUUGUUCAGAUAAGGCGAUCCUCCUACCAUAACGUGGUGAGAGUAAAUGAGAUACAGAAGUACAUAGAUAUAUCUUCUGUUCAGACCUACAUCAUCAACAGCGCCAAGAUUGUGUUUCUCAAUGAACGCCCUCAACCCAGGCCUGGAAAGGGUGUCACUAAUACCUGUGAAAUCUGCUGUAGAAGCCUCCUGGAUUCCUUCAGAUUCUGUUCUCUUGGUUGUAAGUUGGGAGGUAUGAGAAGGGGUGAAGGGGACCUGACAUUUACGCUGAGAAACAAGCACAACAGAGACUCAUUCCACGGCGGUGGUGAGUCAGAGUCGGAUGAAUCAUCUACACCGAAGAAGGUGAGAGUGACCCCUGUUUUCAACCGCAUGAUGGAUGGACUGACCUUGUCUUCUGAUGGUGGAGAGAGGUACUCGAGUUCUGGAGAUGAGGGUACAGCCAACAUUUCUCCUUCUACUCCUCCAAUUUACAAUCACCGCAAUGCCAGGAGAAGAAAGGGUAUACCUCAUCGAGCUCCAUUUUAAAACCUCCUCACAAAGCACAAACCAAAAAAUUAAAAAAAGAAAAAAAAGAAAAAAAAAAAGAAGAAGAAAAGAGUAGAGGAAAUUGAGAAAUGUUUGGUAUAUAGGAAAUAAGGAAAGAAAAUAUUGAGAAAAAGAAGAUAUAGGAAAGGGAAAUACUAGUAUAAUAGAUUGCCAUGUACAAAGCUAGUGUGUGUUUUCUUAGUAGCUUGGUUUUCUGUUUGAUCUUUGGUAAUUAACAUGGGAUGGAAUAUAUUUUCCAAAAUAGAAAUUUUAGGAUGUAUGGAAGAAUAUUAUAUAUAUAUCCAUCCAUGUACAUAUUGUUUAUAAGCUACAGCUUCAUCUCUUCUUUUUUUCUUUUUUUCUCUUUUUUUCCCCAUUAAUUAUACAAAGAAAUAUGUUUAUUAGUA